AUGCCGCCGCCGCCGCUGCACCCUCCACUAUCGCUGCGCCUUCACCUUCUCCUCCGCUCCCAAACCCUAACCCCUCUCCUCCGGCGAGGAUCCAGCUGCGAUGCGCCCCUUUGCAGGACCAGGAGGCACUUCUCCGUUCGCGCCUCCGCUGCACAGCUCGCCGCCGCGGGCGUCGCGACGGCGCAGCAACCUGAACUUGGUUGGGUGUGGAGAAAUAUUGUUCAAAAAGGGGAUACUGUGGUUGAUGCCACAUGCGGGAAUGGCAAUGACACACUCGCUCUGCUUAAGAUGGUGGCCGAUGAAACAGGCCGUGGGCGUGUUUAUGGGAUGGACAUUCAAGAUUCCGCGAUUGAGAGUACUUCCUCGUUUCUGAAAAUGGCCGUGGGUGAUGAACAUCAGGGACUAGUAAAACUAUUUCCUAUAUGUCAUAGUAGAAUGGAAGAAAUUGUUCCCAAAGAUGCUCCUGUCAGGCUUGUUGGUUUCAACCUCAGCUACCUUCCAGGAGGAGAUAAAACUGUAAUUACAGUGCCUAGAACAACUGAUCUAGCAUUCCAAGCUGCCAGCAGAAUUCUCAGUUCUGGGGGAAUCGUAAGUGUUCUUGUCUACAUUGGGCAUCCAGGCGGAAGGUAA